GUUCAACUUAGACAGAACAGACUGAGAAACUCUGACAAAAACAAAUUGCAGAACUGCAAGUAAGAAUGGCAUCAGCAUAUAAAGAGCCUGAUGGACCUCCUGGUGUACAGGUGUUGAGGAUUAUGCUGCUGGGAGUCUCUGGUGUUGGAAAGAGUUCAACAGGAAAUGCAAUACUGGGCAGAGAGGCGUUUAAAGAGAGCGGCACGCUAGUGAGUGAACUACAGGGAGGACGAGUAGAAGACAGAAACAUCUCAGUGAUCGACACUCCAGGAUUCAACAACACUGAACUGACUGAUGAAGAGCUGCAGAAUGAAAUGAUGAAGAGUCUUUCUCUCUCUCAUCCUGGUCCUCAUGUCUUCCUGCUCAUCGUCAGACUGGACAGAUUCACUGAGGAUGUCAGGAAGAUUGUACGAAACAUUCAGGAGAACUUUGGAGAAGAAUAUUUGAUGUUCACCAUGGUGCUGUUUAUUGGACGGGAAAAAAUGUCCAGAAGAGAGUUUAAGAAAUUUAUUGAGAAUGAAAAAACAAAAGAGUUGCUGAACUAUUUUAAAGGAAGAUAUCAUGUGAUAAACAGCAAAAAUGAAUGCGCUACAAAUCAUAUCAUAAAGCUGUUGCAGAAUAUUGAUGAAAUGGUGUGGAACAAUGGAGGAGGACAUUACAACAGUGAGAUCUACCUGAAGACUCAGAAUGAACUCAGAGAGGAUAGAAAGAGAAAGGAACAAGAGGAGUUGAGGAAAAGACACAUCCCGAUUGGGGAAACACAAGAGGAUGUGAAGGAAAAACAAUAUGACAUUCCAAUUAAUUCAUCUGAGCUGAGGAUUGUGCUCCUGGGAGUCUCUGGUGUUGGAAAGAGUGCAACAGGAAAUGCAAUACUGGGCAGAGAUGUGUUUAAAGAAAGCAGCACACUAGAGAGUGAACUACAGGGAGGACGAGUAGAAGACAGAAACAUCUCAGUGAUCGACACUCCAGGAUUCAACAACACUAAACUGACUGAUGAAGAGCUGCAGAAUGAAAUGAUGAUGAGUCUUUGUCUCUCUCAUCCUGGUCCUCAUGUCUUCCUGCUCAUCAUCAGACUGGACAGAACCACAGAGGAUGUCAGGAAGAUUGUACAAACCCUUCAGGAAAACUUUGGAGCACAAGCUUCCAGAUUCACAGUGGUUUUGUUUACUCAAAGUCAGGAAAUGUCCAAUAGAGUAUGUAAUGAAUUUAGGCUAGAUAGAGAAACCAGUGAACUUCUAAACUACUGUGCAGCAAAAUGUGAUUUGUUAUUUCAUAAAAACAAGCGAGAUAGGAGCCAGAUCUCAAGCCUUUUGAAGAACAUAGAUGAAGUAGUGAAGAAGAACAGAAGAGAACAUUACACUAUAGAGAUAUUCAUGAAGAUCAGAAGAGAGGAGGAGAAGAGACAAGAGGAGGAUAGGACGAAAUGUCAAAAAGAGAAAGAAAGAAGAGAGCAGAAGGCAAUAAACCUAGAGAGGGACAUAACAUGGCAAGAAAAAGAAGAGAAGAACAAAGCACAGGACUGGAGGCAAGAGGAAGAGUGGAAUGGAUUUCAAAGAAGAGGAGAGCAGUUUGAGAAAGACAGAGUGUACCAACCAGAAAGAAGAUCUCAACACACUGAGGGAUGUCAAAUAGAAAAAGAAUUAGAAGGAUUGACUUUGGAGAGGGAAAAAAUUAUGAAACAUGAUCUGAGGAUUGUGCUGCUGGGUAAGACAGGAACAGGAAAGAGUGCAACAGGAAACACCAUACUGGGCAGAGAAGUGUUUACCUCUGUUAAUUCAGCGGUGUCCCACACUAAGUUCUGUGAAAUAUUCAGUGUUGAGCAAGCUGGUAGGACCAUCUCAAUCAUCGACACUCCAGGGGUUUUUGAUACGUCAAUGUCUGAAGAUCAGGUAAAGCAUGAAAUAGUGAAGUGUGUCUGCAUGUCUGCUCCUGGUCCUCAUGCGUUCCUGCUGGUGGUCAGAGCGGAUGGGAGAUUCACAGAUGAAGAGAAGAACACAGUGAAAUGGAUUCAGAAGAACUUUGGAAAAAACGCUUUAAACUACACCAUAAUUCUGUUCACUCAUGCCGAGCGACUGGGGGAUGGAAAUAUAUCCGUGUAUUUUAGAGAAAGUGAAUUUCUCCAGUCACUGGUUAACAGCUGUGGCGGAUGUCACUCACUCAGCAAUGUGGACAAAGAUAAUCAAGAUCAGGUCACAGAACUGCUGAUGAAAAUUGACAAAAUGGUGGAGAAAAAUGGAGGAACGCACUACACCAAUGAGAUGUAUGAAGAAGCCCAGAAAAUUAUGAAAUGGAAGAAUUUCAAAGAAAAAGCAACAAAUGUUGGUAAAUUUGCACUAAUAGCAUUAGGAGGAGCAGUGGGAGGAGGUGCAGCCGUUGCAGCAGUAGGAGGAACAGCUGUAGGCACAGCAGCAGCAGCAAAUGUAGCAACUACCUUGUUACAAUCAGGCGUAAGCAAAGCAGCAAUGAAAAUGAUAAGUGAAGCAGCAUUAUCAUUAUUAAGAAAAAAGCUAGAUGAGAUGACUAAAUAGCAGUCUUGGGCCCUAUUUUUGUAAGGUGCUACAUACUACAACCAUCUUGUACAUGUAAUCCAAUUAUUCUGAGAGCUAUACAUCUAAGUGCAAUAGUUG